GCUAACAGAAAAAGAGGAGGGUCUAGAACAGAGUCCUUUAUUUAUUUCUUUGUGUUCAGCGGUGGUAAAAAAUAUUAAUAACGGCGAGAUACACAGCAGUCAUUUUAUUUAUCAUUUUUGUCCGUAUACACUAUAAAACUGGAUAAGAUUAUAGCUGUUACUCGAAGGCCGAAGCCAAGGGGAGGAGGAUGAAGCGGCGCAAUGCGGACUGCAGCAAACUAAGACGGCCGUUAAAACGGAACCGAAUCACCGAGGGUAUCUACGGCAGUACUUUCCUGUACCUGAAGUUCCUGGUGGUGUGGGCACUAGUGCUACUGGCAGACUUUGUACUUGAAUUCAGGUUUGAGUACCUCUGGCCUUUCUGGCUCUUCAUGCGGAGUGUAUAUGACUCCUUUAGAUACCAGGGACUGGCCUUCUCAGUAUUCUUUGUUUGUGUGGCGUUUACCUCGGACAUCAUUUGCCUCCUCUUCAUCCCAGUGCAAUGGCUGUUCUUUGCUGCCAGUACCUAUGUGUGGGUCCAGUAUGUUUGGCACACAGAGAGAGGUGUGUGUCUCCCCACUGUGUCUCUAUGGAUACUGUUUGUGUACAUAGAGGCAGCCAUCAGAUUCAAAGACCUGAAGAACUUUCAUGUGGACUUGUGUCGUCCUUUUGCGGCACAUUGCAUUGGCUAUCCCGUGGUCACCUUGGGCUUUGGCUUCAAGAGUUACGUUAGUUAUAAAAUGCGCCUGAGAAAACAGAAGGAGGUGCAGAAGGAAAACGAGUUUUAUAUGCAACUGCUACAGCAGGCUCUGCCUCCCGAGCAACAGAUGCUUCAGAGGCAAGAGCGAGAAGCAGAAGAAGCAGCUGCAGCUAAAGGAAUAUCUGAAGUAGACACACCUCCAGUGUCACAGAAUGGCGGCCCAGCCAAUAAAAAGGUGCCAACGCCGUUGCCUGAGCUGGAGUAUAAAGAAAAAGGGAAAGAAGGAAGAAACAGUGGGGAAAAUAAAAAGCAGCACAACAGCAUCCUUCCAUCAUUAGUGGACUCUAAAAUCCCAGAGAUGGAGUAUAUUGAGAACCAUAUGAACAACAAGAGACUGACCACAGAGCUGGGAAGCACAGAGAACCUGUUGAUUAAAGAAGACAACAGUUCAUCCAGUUCCUCCUCCUCAUCAUCCUCCUCAAAAAAUUACAAAAAUGCUAGCAGCAACGCUGCAAUACUCAAUUCCUCUCCACGUGGUUAUAGCGCCACAAAUGGCAGCGUGCCCUCCUCUGCACAGUCCUCUUCCACAGGGAAAAACGAUAAGAAGCAUAAGUUACCAGUGGGGAAGGGGACAUCAGGGGGUUCACACAAGGAUCCAACAGACAACUGUAUCCCCAACAACGAGCUGAAAAAACCAGAAGGACUUGUUAGAUUGGAGCAGGAUAUUAAAAAGUUGAAGGCGGACUUGCAGGCCAGCCGGCAGGUGGAGCAGGAUCUACGCAGCCAGAUUGGCUCGCUGGGCAGCGCUGAGCGCUCCAUUCGCACCGAGCUGGGUCAGCUGCGCCAGGAAAAUGAGUUGUUGCAGAACAAGCUCCAUAAUGCUGUGCAGGCGAAACAAAAGGACAAACAGGCCGUGGGCCAACUGGAAAAGAGGCUCAAAGUGGAGCAGGAGGCUCGAGCUACUGCAGAGAAGCAGCUCGCAGAAGAAAAGAAGCGCAAGAAGUUGGAAGAAGCUACAGCAGCCAGAGCAGUAGCACUAGCAGCAGCUUCCAGAGGAGAGUGCACAGACACGCUGAGGCGACGAAUCACAGAAUUAGAAACGGAGUGUAAAAAAUUAACAAUGGACAUCAAGCUGAAGGAGGACCAGAUACGAGAGCUCGAGCUAAAAGUUCAGGAACUUCAUAAAUAUAAGGAAAAUGAAAAAGACACAGAGGUGCUAAUGUCAGCACUGUCAGCAAUGCAGGACAAAACUCAGCACCUCGAAAACAGCUUGAGUGCAGAGACCAGGAUCAAACUGGACCUUUUUUCUGCACUCGGAGACGCCAAGAGACAGCUGGAGAUUGCACAAGGUCAGAUCCUGCAGAAGGACCAAGAGAUCAAAGACUUGAAGCAGAAGAUCGCAGAAGUGAUGGCCGUCAUGCCCAGCAUCUCUUACACAGCCGACACCAGCAGCAUGACCCCCGUGGCCCCUCACUACUCCUCAAAGUUCAUGGACACCAAUCCCUCUGGUUUGGACCCCAACGCUUCUGUUUACCAACCCCUCAAAAAGUGAACGAUCUUUUUUUUUUUUUUUUUUUAAUUUUUAUUUAUUUAUUUUUUUUCUGUUUUCCCCU